UUGGACUGUCCGAUCCCUGAUCACAUGGAAUGGCGCAAGGACGAAUGAGAAAAGAGUCGCUGGAAUGGCUUCGAAGGAUCGGUUCUCUUAGCUGGCACGCUCCAUGCAGGCCCUGGUCCCGGGCGGUUAACGACCAUCGAGGCAUGCAAGGGACCAUGCGGACGGACUUACCUGGACUUCAACCGUGGACUGGAUCUCCCGAGUCGGAGCAGACGUUGAAUUCGAAAAAGGAGAAAGUCUUGGGUGAGGAUCAGGAGUGGAUCGGGGUUACCGCCGCCCUCCGCGCGCUUGUGGAGAAAUUCCCUAUCGUCAUUCAUGUUGGCAUCCCUCCGUCCUGCCCACGUUCGUCCUUAUUUUCCGCAUCGAACCCGCCCUUCGCUUCUCCUUUAAUUCUCCCUAAUUUCAACUUCCUGCCAUCAUGCCCUCCCAGCCUCUGCCCCCCGUCCCCCCUCCGCAAUGGGUCGUGGACCUGAACUCCCCCAAGCCACGUUCCCCCAAGUCCGCCGCCAGCAUCCCCGACCCUCCAGGUUUCUCCAGUCGCAAGGAAGGAGGCAAGAACCGAUCACAGCAACAGUCGACCUCCACCUCCUCCGCAUCCAAGCCCGUCGAAACCGAUACCCUCAAGCUGAAAAAGGCCUGGGAGAUCGCCCUGGCGCCGUCUAAGCAGAUUCCCAUGAACGCGAUCAUGAUGUACAUGUCCGGAAACAGCCUUCAGAUCUUCAGUAUCAUGAUGGUGUUCAUGCUCUUCAAGGGCCCCAUCCAAGGCCUGAUCAACACCAACACCGUGUUUGCCAAGUUCGAGACGGACGGAACAAAGGGGAAACUCCUCGGAGUGAAGGCGAUGUAUGUGCUGAUGCAGUUGGUCUUGUUGGGGCUUGGGGUGUGGAAGGUGAAUGCGAUGGGACUGCUACCGACUACGAGGUCGGAUUGGCUAGCUUGGGAAUCUGAACGACAACCGGUGGAGCGAGCGUACUUUGCUUUGGGCUGAUGGGUUAUGUCGUUGGAGGCAGGGAGUAAGGCAGAAAGAAUACGGAGGGAAAUGCUUGUUGCAGGGCAGUUAUGUUGGAUCUCUCGGUUAAUCUCUGGUUUUUAAGAGCGUGUAUACUUCUACAGUUUUGCAGGAAUAUAUGAUACGAAAGUUCAUGCCUG